AUGGCUGAUGACAACCCCGUCACUGUGCCUGCCGAGGCUGAGAAGCCCGAGCCCACCUCGGCCGACAAGCAGGAGGUCUCCGAGACUGUCGCUGCCUCUGACGAGAUCACUACUGGUAAGGAAGACCCAAUCUGCCUACUUCACUCACCCAUAGAGCUUCCGCUUGGAGCCUUUGCCUCAUAUCAGGCCAUGGUGCCUUUGUGCGACCAACGUGCGCUGACUGGCUCAUCUGCAGAACCGGCAGACACCACCGAUGACAAGAAAGAGCCCGAAGCUGAUGGCGAGGAGCCCGCUGCAUCCGGCGACGCGACGGAGCCCAAGGCCGACGAUGACAGCACCGCGGCGCCUGCCGACGUUGAAGAUGCGACCUCGGAGACGAACGGGACUCCUGCUUCAGCCAAGAAGUCUUCAAAGGACCAUCGCCGCUCCAGCGGUGUCGGCGAUAAGUCCAAGUCACUGAGCCGCAAGAAAUCACAAGCUCGCCUGACCCAGCUGAACGCGAAGCCGGGUGAAUACUAUCUGGCGCGUUUGCGCAGCUAUGCGCCUUGGCCCUCCAUCAUCUGCGAUGAGGAAAUCAUGCCCAAAACACUGCUUGACAACCGCCCUGUGACCGCGAUGCAAGCGGAUGGAACUUAUCGCGCCGAUUACGCUGAUGACGGCAAGAGGGCACACGAGCGAACUUUCCCCGUGAUGUUCUUUGGGACUAACGAAUUGAUGUCCCCCGAGAAGAACAAGGCCAAGGGGCUAAUCGCCGCCUACAAGGUUGCCGCAGAGGGUCACGACCUGCAAUAUUUCAAGAAUCUAUUGGCAGACCACCAAGCUGCUUUGCAGCAGGAGAUUGAGGAAGCCGAGGCCGAGGAGAACGCAAAGGCCACAGCCAAGGCCGAGAAGGCAAAGAAGAACAAGCGCAAGAGCAAGGGUGCUGAAACCGACGUCGACAUGGAGGGUGCGGACGAGAAGAAGCCCAAGAGCUCGAAGAAACGAAAGAACGAGGCUGAAAUUGAGGCUGAAAAGCCCGCGAAGACCCCCAAGACCUCUACCAAGCUGAAGUUGACUACUCCGAAAGCGCCCGCCGAGGAAAAGAAAACACCUGCCAGCAAAACCAAGAAGGCGCCAGCUAAGAAGGGCAAGGCUGCUGCCAAGGAUGAAGAAGAAGAGAUUGUUGAGGCCAAGGAGCCGGAGAAGCAGAUCGACCCCGAGGAGUUGAAGAAGAAGAAGAGAGAAGGAGGGCUAAGUUUCAGCAACGAGAUGGCUACCUAUUUCGCCAAGCUGGAGAAACACACUGAUUUGGAAGUCUCGAUUAUUCGCUCGACCAAGAUCAACAAGGUUCUGAAGAUGAUUGUGAAGCUCAACACCAUUCCUCGUGAUGAGGAGUUCAACUUCCGUCAACGUGCCAUGAACAUCCUGUCGAGCUGGAAGCCCGUUCUGGACUCCGGUACCCCUGCGGGUGACAAGGAUGCCAAGCCCACUACAAACGGAAGCUCCAAGGAAGACGAGGGCGCAGACACUCCCAAGCUUGAGACCAAAGAGGAGAAAGAGCCUGAGACCAAGGCUGCCAGCGAAGAUACCCCCAUGCCCGAUGUUGACGCGGACAAGCCCGAAGAGACCGAGGCCGAGAAGGAGACCACCGAGCUUGAGAAACCCGAGGAGAAGGCCGAAGAGAAGAUCCUGGAGGCUAGCGCCUAA